UGGGCCCCUGUACCGCCUCCUCAUGCUGCUGCCAGGCCCGUAAUCUGCCAUGGGCCCCCGUACCGACUCCUCAUUGCUGCUGCCAGGCCCGUAAUCUGUCAUGGGCCCCUGUACCGCCUCCUCAUGCUGCUGCCAGGUCCAGAGUGUGUCAUGGGUCCCUGUACGGCCUCCCAUUGCUGCUGUCUCCAUCGCCACACUCUGCCAUGUGCCACUUUCAGGUCUCCUCACACUGCUGGUGGGUUCCAUUUUUUCAUAGGGUGCUGUAUGGCCUCCCAUUGCUGCUGCCUCCACCGCCACACUGUGGCUCCACACUCUGGUUUUGGCCCCGUGACUGCCCAAAUGAGUGAAGUGUGCGGUGAUUCUAAGAUCGACGGCACUCAUCUGCAUGUCAUACUGACUGACAGUAUUAUUUCUCUUCCCCAGCAGACUCCAAGGGCAUUUAAAUUAAAGGUACAGUGUUCUGCACUAAUAUAA